CAUCGACACGAAGGAAAAGCAUAAAAAAAAAGAAAUAAGCGGCUCAAAAGUAAAUAAAGAAGCAAAUGGAUUAUCGCUUGGAUAGCGUUCUACCAAACGAAUGAUAAAAACAAAGAUGUUUAAUCACCUGUCGUUCGGAGGCUUACGAUAGAUUACACAAAGCAAACCAGUGAAUAAAAAACAGUUAAAAACUCUUCUUUUUUUUGAAUCAGCUAGAAGAACAUGGAUUUAAUGAGCGCUUUAUGUUCAGACGAUUACAAUCAACCAAACAGCGAAUCUGCAACAUUAAAACUUAAAUCGAGACCUCAAUCAAAAUUGAUAAAUAAAGCCGUUGAAAUGGCGUACACUGAGUGCUCAAUAAAUCGACAAAGUUCUACUUUUUGCGAGAAGAAAGUUACAUUUAAGAAAAGGUUGAGGCCAAGCAUGAGUUGGAAGCGCAUCUUAGU